AUUUACUCUAAAAAAAACGUUACACCCUAUCAACCCACUGAGCACUGGUCGGUUUAAAUGUAACAAACCCCCGCUUCUGUUUUUGCAACAAAAGCCGCUCAUUAUUAUUCACCAACAAAGGCCGGCGUGAUUGGAGUCGAUCGUUAAACUUUGCUCAAUAACGGCGCACACACAUGUGUCGCUUACAUAUAAUUUUGUAAUUUUUGACAAAGCUUUUCUUCUCCUCCCCCGUGAGCGUGCGAGCAACAGUUUUUUAAAGGGUGCGCGCUGCAAACAAAACUGGUUCAGUGUGUCGGUGGGUUGGGGGUGCCGACAAUGCUCCUCUCGAGAUGCGCCGCCGAGUGAGGAUCCCCCGCGAAAUGGACCCGUCUGUGUCGGGUCGGCCCGCGAGCAGCUGGCAGAAGAGGCGCAGGGGUUGAGCGGGGUACAAGCAGCAGGAGCGCCAUGUUUUUCCACCAUGAAUGAAGCAGUUCAUUUUUUAGCAGGAGCGGAUUUAACGGCGAGUGAUAAGGCGAGAGGCGAUUUUGGCAUGCGUCGUCCUUUGCAGUGACGAGUGACGACGACGGUGUCCCGAGCGGUCGCCCUUCGGGCGUCUGAAAGUCUGAAACGGCCGCUGCGGAAAUGCUCUUCUACCGGCCCUCGCCAGGGCCGCCGGGCGCCUCGCCCACGGUCGAACCACCCUCGCCAGGGCCCACCGACACGCAGUCCGUCGGCUCGGGCUCGUUGUCGAGAGGCUUCGGCCCCCAGCAGAACAGGACGUGGGCCCUCAAGUCGCUGGCCACCGGUGUCUCGGUCCUCGGACUCGCCUAUUGCCUCGUCCAGGCGCUGCAAGUGGCGGGCGUGCAGUACCUGGCCACCCUGACGAGCGUGUCCCUGCUGGCCUUCCUGCUGGUGUACCUCAUGUGGUGCGCGACGAGCAGACGGCGCCACCAAUUGCACGGCGGAGGUGUUGAAAGCGGCGCCGACUGCGAGUACCAGGCGUCGCUAGCCCCCGUGGGCCGUGGUGGGGGCAUCGUUGCCCCUCGUGGGGUGACGCACCACGUGUCCCUGCCAAGCUGCUCAUCCUCGGUGGACCUGCACGACGCCGAGUUGCUGCGAUCGCUCGCCGCCGCCGGGGUCUACGUCGGACCCGCCGAGUACAAACCGCCCCGCACCAUCACGCCGCCCCCAAGCUACGAGGAGGCCGUCCGGGGAAUGCCUCCGCCGCCCCCACCGCCUCCGAGCAGUCUGCACCGACACCUGGCCAACAGCAGUCAGCAACAUCAACCGCCCCCGCCUGAGUAGAGAAGAAGAAGAAGAAAAAAACACCAACGAAGAAGAAGAAAAAAUAUAUUUAAUUUUUGUCUCGAUUUGUUCGUUUGCUGUUGAUUAGCUUUUACGAGUGCACACUUGGAGAGAAAGGGCCGUGCCCUUCGCAAUUGACUGUGUUAGCGUACA